GGCCGUCGCUUGUUACGGUGUUACUCAAAAAACAGGUAACAUUUUCUGUCAAAGGUUGCUACCGUGUAAGCAGGUCGUUAUGGUUGAUUCUUCUCUUAACUCUUCGGGUACAAAAGUCGUCCUCGUUUCAUCCAGCGACGAGAAUCAUCCUCCAGAGAACAUCAUUGACGGAAACACUAAAACAUUUUGGAUGUCCACCGGGAUGUUUCCUCAGGAGUUCAUCAUUCGCUUUGCUGAAGUCACGGGGAUUGCUGCUGUGACUGUGGAUAGCUACAAUGGUAUGAACGAGAAUAUAUAGCAAGACGUUUUUGUAUUUAUU